UAAAUUGCCAGACGAUUAUCUUCUUCCUCACCAAGAAAAGAACAAAGCAAAUGCCAAGCCGCCACCACCUUCUCUGCAUUCUGUCCCCUUCUCUCUCCCUCGUCUUCUUCUUCUUCUUCUUCUUGCUGAGCUUCCAUGGCGUCCACUCCGCUUUCCCAACCAUUUGCGAAUCGCAGUCUCAAUGCGGCAACAUCUCCAUCAAGUAUCCAUUCUCGACCGUCAGCGACGCCCCCGUAUACUGCGGCUACCCACACCUCAGAAUCAGUUGCCCGGAUGUCGAUAAUCCCCCGACCAUCUCUCUUCCGGGCGACACCUACUUCGUCGCCGAAAUCAACUACGUCGAAGAAACCCUGACUCUCGUCGACAUCGACGUCGCCGACCGGAUAUGCCCCAGGGCCAGCCAUAACCUCACGAUCAACUCGCUCCCGCUCGGUUACAACUCCGCCGAUGUCAAUCUCACCUUCUUCUUUAACUGCAGCACUCCUCCGUUGGCGCCCAACCCCGCCAGGGCCAUCGAUUGCUUGCGAUCUGGUGAUAAUCAGUCGUACGUGUUGGUGGACAUGAGCCCCGAUGAGGCGGCGGCGAUUCGUAAGGCGUGGGGCUGCGAGGAUGCAGUGGUGGCGGCGGUGAAGCGGACGGAGGUGACGGCGGCGAACGGGGGGGACGAGCUCGCUGGGGCGAUGAGCGAGGGGUUCGCGCUUGACUGGGCGGCGGUGAGGGAGUGCGGCGCGUGCGAGCACUCCGGCGGGCGGUGCGCGUUCAACCAGAAUGAGCAGUUGCUGUGCUUCUGCGAGGACGGGUCAAAUCACACGGACGGCUCGUUUUGCAAAGGAGAAUCAAAUAAAGGACGGAAACUAGUAGUAGGUUUUGCUUCAGCAGGUGGAACAGCAGGCGGAAUUGCAAUCAUAGCAAUUAUUAUCUUCAUCUAUCGAUCUCGCCAAAGAAAAAAAUAUAAGCAGUCAUCCUUUGCCUCAAGAAGCACCUCCUCAAUUUACUCCUCCAGGACAGAUUUUGAGAAGGGCAGUGUCUACCAUGGAUUGCCCAUCUUUGACUACAACGAACUUAAGAAUGCUACAAACAAUUUCGAUCCAGCAGCGGAACUUGGUGAUGGAGGCUUUGGCACUGUUUUCAAAGGCAAACUUCAAGAUGGGCGUGUAGUUGCAGUCAAGAGAUUGUAUGAAAGCAACUACAAAAGAGUUGAGCAGUUCAUGAAUGAAGUCGAAAUACUUGCUUGCUUACACCACCCAAAUCUAGUCUCACUGUAUGGCUACACCUCCCGGCACAGCCGUAGACUCCUGCUUGUGUAUGAAUAUGUGCCAAACGGCACAGUGGCUGAUCAUAUUCAUGGCGAUUUAGCUAAACCCAGCUCGCCCCCAUGGUCCACCCGUUUGAAAAUAGCCAUAGAAACUGCAAACGCAUUGGUGUAUCUCCACGCAUCUGAUGUUAUCCAUCGAGAUGUGAAGACCAACAAUAUCCUGCUGGACGAGAAUUUCACUGUCAAGGUUGCGGAUUUCGGUUUGUCGCGCCUCUUCCCAUUGAAUGCCACUCAUGUUUCAACUGCUCCUCAAGGGACACCAGGUUAUGUCGAUCCAGAGUACCACCAAUGCUACCAGUUGACUGAGAAGAGCGAUGUAUAUAGCUUUGGAGUAGUGUUAAUGGAGCUCAUAUCUUCCUUGCCAGCCGUUGAUAUCAUGAGGAGUCACCACGAGAUAAAUCUAUCCGCCCUGGCCAUUAACAAGAUCCAAAGCGAUGCGUUGCACGAGCUUGUAGAUCAAAAUCUUGGGUUUGAUACAGUCAAUAGGACUAGAGAAAUGAUUACUGCGGUGGCAGAGUUGGGGUUCCGGUGCUUGGAAGAAGUCCACGACAUGAGGCCAUCCAUGGAAGAGGUAUUGGAUACACUAAAGGAAAUACAAAACCGUGGAGACAACAUGGAGAAGUCAGACCAAACGGAUAAUAUAUCAGAUGAUGCUGUUCUGUUGAAGAACAAUCCAUUAACAUUUUCGCCGGUUUCGGUGGCGAAAUGGGUUAGCAAUGAUUCAACACCCAAUGCCAGUGGUUAGGUUGCUGUUAAAAGAAUGAUCCAUUUUUGGAAAGAUUUAAACUACACCAGACUUAAUGGAGAAAGAAAAAAUGGCGGCAACAAUUUGUCCAAAGUUGAAGAUUCUCGUACGUUGGAGAAACUUCUAGUAACAUGCAUGCAAGAAAAUGCAAGAAGACU